GGAAGCUAGCAUUAAGGUUGUACCUGCUCUCAAAGCUAGCUAAUGUGACCACUAACGUGUAGCUACAGUUAACCAGAAGCAGUACUCUCUCAUAUUGGUGGUACCAACUAUGGGUUCGGCAGGUUUGAUUUUAGAGGACAAAGUGGAGAAGAUUUUAAACGGGGGUGGACUAGAGGUGAAGGAAUUAGAUUCUGCUCCUGAACAAGUCAAACCUGUAAUAUUGAGGAAAACGGUUUGCUACAUUGUGUGUGCCGUCAUCAUCAAUGCAAAGAACGAGGUGCUGAUGAUGCAGGAGGCCAAGCCAGAGUGCUAUGGGCGCUGGUACCUCCCAGCAGGCCGCAUGGAGAAGGCAGAGAGCAUCGUGGAGGCCAUGGGGAGGGAGGUGAAGGAGGAGACGGGCCUGGACUGCCAGCCCAUCACGCUGCUCCUGGUGCAGGAGCAGGGGCCGCAGUGGAUCAGAUUUGUUUUCCUGGCAGAAGUCACAGGUGGCUCCAUAAAGACUGCGGCGGAGGCCGAUGCGGAAUCCCUCCAGGCCCGGUGGUGGGACCGCGAGUCCCCCCUCCCGCUGAGGAGCCGGGACAUCCUGUGCCUUAUCGAGGCGGGUCUGAAAUACAGGGAGAAGCCCGGAUUCCCAGCAGCCCUGCCCGUGGAAAUGCCCUGUCACCUCAUCUGCCAGAGACUGCUCCUGACCUUCAGCGGGCCAGACGGUGACCUGUGGGUCCUGCUGGGCGGCUCGAAGGAGCUUCACCUGCCCGUCGCCGCGUGCCCCAUGACCUGCGCCCUGAGCUGGGCCAGCCGCAGGCUGCUGAAGGAGUGCCUGCCAUCCUCCUACCGCCAGCUCACCGUCUCCUCCCGGGGCCUCCUGGGCCUGCAGCACAGCGGGCGGGUCCCCGGCGAGACGGACGGGAUUUGCUUCAACACGCUGCUGUCCGUGGAGCACGCCGGAGGAGGGCCAGAGGCCGGCCAGCCACCCCUGCCCGAGAGCCCCGGCUUUCAGUGGCACAGAGUGGAGCGCGCUCAGCUGAGAGACGGGAUCCGGGAGAGGCUGACCUCGGGGGCCCUGCUGCCAGUGCACAGCCUGUACUGCUGAUAGGGAAACCCAACACCGAUGACUUCAGAGUCUGAGACCGUACUCCCUCAGCCCUCACUCCCUGCUCUGACCGCUGCAGGUGUGAUCCCUGCAGGCCAGUCACUGGGAGCAGAGAGCAGCUAACCGCACUACUGUAGAAGGGCAUUUUACAAUAAUCAAUCAGUCACUAUAGGCAAUAUAUAAAACAUAGUAUUCCAGUCCAGUGGAAUUGAAAGCAAUAGUUCCAAAGCACUUAAUUUGAAAUGCAAUGUAUAUGUAACAAAAAUGGAAAAAGGUACUCUUUUGAAAAGGCUAUGAACACAUGAUAUAUGUGAUCUUUGCUGAAAUAUACUUACAUAUUUAUUCAUUACUUGCAUAUUUUCAAGAAUGACCGUUGUAAAUGCAAGUUCUAUUCUGAAGAUAGAAUCCAGGAAAUGCAGCAGUGGUUUGGAGUGUAGUCUGUGAGUGAACAUAGAUUGGGGUGGGUAUCCUUAAUUUCUCAUCUUAUAGUCAGAUUUAUAUUUAUCGAUGAUCACAAGAUCAUGUGCUUAUCUAAAAAGUGAAAUUAAACCUCAGGAUAAAAUGUUCUGUUUGAUGGGAUGAAAGUUGAAUAUUUGUGGAAAUUUAAGAGAUUCCAGAGAUUUUUAUAGCAGUUUCUCAUGGUGAAAGGCCAAAUCUGUAUAGUUAUGGCUGGAAAAAGUGUUGUGUUACAUAGUACGGACAGAUGUGACCAAAGCAUGAACACGUGCAGGUGUCUAAGGCACUCCAAAAGGGUUGCUUCCAUCCCUAACAUUACACAAUACCUGCUCCAAACAAGACCAGAGACCACAAAACCAUGUCUUCUUCUCGACGGUGUUCAACUUAGUAAAUCUUCAAACCUGGACUCCCAUAAACAGCUUCAUGUAACACAUAACUCAACAUCAAAGGACAAAGCAAGUAGAUGACAAAUGCUUACAUUUAUCCUUCGCAGUAACCAAAACACCCGACACUGGACUUUCAAACCAAUCACUUUCCGUGCAUCGACACCGGACCUUAGUUUACAAGCAAACCUUGUCAAACCUCAAGUACUAUGACGCAUCCUUUAACAGGUUUUUCCUGGCUCUCUGAACACCUGAAAAUGCAUCUUUACUGCAGCAUAUGCCUCAAACUAGAACUAAAAUGGGACCAUGUUGCAUGCAUGACACUAUUCAUAAUGCUACAUUAUUACAUUUGUUUUAUCUUCUAUGUUUGUAGUUUGUCACAGCUUAAAGGCACCAUGUUAGGCUUGACUGAAUCAUGUACUUGCUUUAAGAGAAGCUUAAAAAAACCAUGGAGUGGUCAAUCGGAAUCUUAUUUGAACUAAUCAUGAUUUUUGGUGCUUUCUGGAAACAAAAACACAAGUGCAAUUUCCAUUGGUGAUAGCAUACCAUUAAUUAUGUGGUUCGUGAAGAUAUAAAGAUUAUACAAUCAGUUAUUUAAAAUAUACUAUAUGCUUAGAUGUUCUCAGGUUUCAUGGAAAAGCUAGGACCCCAUCAUAGUGUGGUCAAAGCAACCUGACCCUGUGUAAAAGCAAAAUUGGAAUUGCAUGCAUUCCACUCCCUCGAGCAUGAUCAAGCACCACUUGAAAGCUAAUAAAACAUUUUAUGAGAAAA